GUCUACGAUUUAAUACAGCAAAUGUUUAGCAAAAAUUGACUGAAUAUGGGCAUAGAAGUGGAGAAGUUUGUCACCAAAAUAGAUGACGAGUUGAAGUGCAGUAUCUGUUACGGGGUCCUCGAAAAUCCCGUACAAAUCGUGGACUGCGAGCACACAUUCUGCUUGAACUGUAUCCAGGAGUGGGUCCGCAGGACACCGAAAUGUCCGAUAGAUAGGCGCGACAUAACCUCUGAGAGUCUGAAACCCGCCUCAAGACUACUCAACAGUUUCCUCAACCGAUUAGAAAUGAAGUGCAGUUUCCGUGAGUUUGGCUGCAAUUCAAUCGUGAAUAUGGAGACAAUGGUCGCCCACACCAGCGAAUGCACGUUCAAUCCCGACAUCACAUACCUGUGCGAUAAGGGCUGCGGAGUGAUGUUGAAUGUGCGGCAACGACAGGACCACAACUGUAUGCUCGAAGACAUCCUCUCUAAUGUCGAGAGUUUGAGUCAACGGCUGAAGAAAGUCGAGUCGGAAAACAGUGAUCUCAACAAAAGG